AAAGCUACGUGAUAUUAUACUUCCACAGUUCCACACCCCUGCAAUUUCUAUGGACUAUGAUCUUAAAGAAGAUAAAGGGAAUCCCAGUUGCUUUUUGGCAAUUCAAAAACUUUUCCAAUUCAUCCCAACGUUCUUGUCCUAGCAUUGACCCGUAUAACUCCUCAAAGCGCCUGAGCAAUUGCUUCAAAUUCGGAAGGAUUGAAGAUGCAGAGAAGCUGUUCGACGAUAUGCCUGACAAAGACGUUGUUUCAUAUUCCAUCAUGAUUCAUGGAUAUGCCAAAAAUGGUUUCCAUAGAAAAUCCAUGGGUUUGUAUUCCCAUAUGCGGAUAUCGGGUUUGGAUCCUAAUUCUUUCACCGUGGUUGGUGUUAUUGUUAGCACUGCAGGCUUGCGAAGCUUGGUGCUUGGACAAUCCGUUCAUGGACUGGUUGUUAAAACUGGGUUAGAGUCUGAUACGAUAGUGAUCACUGCUAUCUUAGAUAUGUAUGCCAAGUGUGGAAUUAUGAUUGACUCUUAUAAAGUAUUUAAGGGACUGAAGAGCCCGGGUUUGAUUUCGUGCAAUGCAGUGGUAGCCGGGUUUGUACAUAACAAACUCUUUGAAGAGGGCCUUUUGCUGUUGAACCAGUUCCGGGAGUUUGGUUUGGUACCUAAUGCAGCUACGGUGUUAGGUCUUAUUAGGGGUUGCAUUGCUUUGGAGUCACAGAGGCUUUGUGAAUGUAUCCAUGGAUUAAUUGUUAAAUCUGCAAUUGUUUUUGAUGUAUCUGUUAAUAAUUCGGUUCUUGAUAUGUAUUCAAGUUUGAUGGAUUUAGAUGCUGCAGUUAAAAUAUUUGAUGAGAUGCAAUGCAAAGAUGUUAUCAGUUGGACAAUAAUAAUGGGUUUAUUUAUUGGCCUUGAAUAUGGCCGUGAUGCACUGGAGAUUUUCUGCAGAAUGAGGGAUAGCGGUAUCGGUUAUGACACUGCGGUAAUCAUUAAUCUCAUUUCAGCUUGUGCAAUCCUCGGGGAUUUAAAGAGAGGGAGACAAGUCCAUGCUCAAGCUGUUGUUUGCGGGUUUGGAUCUGAGCUCACUCUGGAAAACUCUCUCAUUGCGAUGUAUUCCAAGUGCAGUGACUUGUAUUCCUCGAGAACUAUAUUUGAUCAAACAACUCAGAAGAGUUUGGUUUCAUGGACGGCAAUGAUUUUUGGCUGUGCACAGAAUGGACACCCAAGAGAGGCUUUGAAUCUCUUGGUUGAAGCAAGACUAGAGGAAAACUUUUGCCUUGAUCCAACAAUGUUGAUUGGUGCUUUAACUGCUUCCGGUGGGCUUGCUGCUUUUGAGCUCAGCCAGCAGCUCCAUUGUUUUGCUUUUGAAGCUGGUUUCUCCUCUUAUAGAGCCGUUCAGAAUAGUCUCAUAUCAACAUACUCAAAGUGUGGGAUGGUGGAACUUGCCCACAAUGUUUUUAAGGAGAUGGGUUAUCUUCAAAACGUAGUCUCUUGGAAUACGAUUUUAAAUGGGUACGGGAUCAAUGGUCAUGGAAAAACUGCUAUCACCCUCUACCAUGAGAUGAGGAGUUGUGGAGAAGAUCCUGAUAGUGCGACUUAUCUGUGCAUUUUGAGUGCUUGCAGCCAUGCAGGUUUGGUGAAUGAUGGUCUGAUGAUAUUCAAUCAGAUGGUGGAAGAGAAAAGAAUAAAGCCAAGCCAAGAGCAUUAUGGUUGUGUAGUUGACUUGCUUGCAAGGGCAGGCUGCUUACCUGAUGCAAUUGGGUUUGCUAGCAAAUUUUUGGAAGGGAUGAGCCCAAAUGUUUGGAGAGCUUUGCUGAGUGGAUGUAUGGUUCAUGGCAAUGUGGGGCUUGCAGAACUAGCAGCAAGCAAAAUACCUGAGCGGGAUCCUGAAGGAUAUGAUCAAGUUGUGCUUCUUUCAAAUGUUUAUGCAUCAGUUGGUAGGUUUCAGGAUGCUGAAUCAUUGAGAUCAAGCCUGAAGAAGAAGCGUUUGUUAAAAAAUCCAGGGAUCAGCUUACUCAAUGGGAUUCCAUAUGAUUUUUGAUGACGAUUGUGUAACUUUAAAUACUCAACAAGAGAAGUUUUAGAUGGGAAUUCAUCAAAGUUUAGGAUGUCUCUCUUGGAUCUUAUCGGUAUUGAAAUUUAGCAUUUUUUUUUCUCAAA